UCACAGUGAUAUGCAUUUGUAGUUUUUUACCACAAGCUGCGCACGUAAGUAAAGGCGCGCCUACCGCACAAAAAAACUACAAUUCCCAACCACGCCACUCCGCCACCAACCACGUGACUUGUUUUUGUAGGAAAUACAUGCCAGUGUGUUAAACAUGACUUCCGGGGGGCAGUAAAGGGGUAUGGUGUGAGCUGGGGCAGUUCUGCUGGCUGGGACUCCUGUCAGAUAUAAAUGCAUAUAAUUCAGUUAUAUAUUUUAUUUAUAUUUUCUUGACAUCAGCCCGCCUCUGUCACCAGCGGACGGGGGACUCACAUGACUGAAGAUGAAUAAACAACCCAGUAAAGAGUCUUUGAAGGACAAAGUGAAAGGGAUGUUGGGUCUCGGACAGACUCGUCUCCACAGCAAACCGGCAGAAAGCAAACCCUUAGAAUGUAUCAUCACUCCGGACAUCCUGAAGGAGCUUAAUCCAGAGGGUGGUCUUAAUCACAGGAUCAGAGUCAUCCACCAUGUGUGCGAUCUCGCCAAGUCCAAGAAGUUUGAGGAGCAUGCGGUGGAAUCGCUGUGGAGAGCCGUUGAAGACCUAAUGCACCCUGAGCAGCCGCUGGAGGCCCGACACGCAGUGCUGGUUCUGUUGAGGGCCAUAAUUCAGGGACAGGGCGAAAGGCUUGGUCCACUCAGGGCCUACUUCUUUAAAAUCAUUUUGGAGUAUCAGCCUUGUAAUGAAGAUCUCCCUGAGAGACUGGAGGUCUUUAAAGCCCUCACCGAAAAUGGCAAAGACAUCACGUACCUAGAGGAGGAAUUAGCUCGCUUUGUCCUGCUGUGGAUGGACAUCGGUUUGUCCUCGGAUUUUUUGCACGUGCUCGUCAACCUGGUAAAAUUCAACUCCUGCUAUCUGGAUGAGAAUGUUUCCUUAACCGUACAGAAAGUCUGCUGCUUGUGCAACAUGACGACUUCUUCCACAGAUAUUGAGGUUGCGUUACAGGUGUUGGACGCUGUGGUGUGUUAUAACUGCCUGCCCUCUGAUUCGCUGACGGUCUUCAUCAUCACUCUCUGUCGAACCGUUAACGUGAAGGAGUUUUGCGAGUCCUGCUGGAAGUUAAUGCGUAAGGUGUUGGGAACUCACCUGGGUCACAGUGCCAUUUAUACCAUGUGCCGUAUCAUGGAGGAGAGGUAUUGUGUGAUGUACUCUGAAGAUGCGGCUCUUUUGAGGGGCGCUGUGUUUUUUGUUGGUAUGGCGCUGUGGGGGGCUCACAGACUUACAGCUCUCAAAAACUCCCCCACGCUGGUUCUACCUUCAUUUCUUAAGGCCAUGAACUGUGCUAAUGAGGUGGUGUCAUAUGAGAUUGUGCUUUCGAUCACACGCCUUAUCAAGAAGUAUGGCAGAGACCUGCAAGUUGUGACCUGGGACAUACUGCUCUCCAUCAUAGAGAGACUUCUGCAACAGAUACAAACGAUGGGCAGUCCUGAUCUAAAGGUGAUAGUUUAUGAGUUAUUGAGUACAGUUGAGGAGCUCUAUGAGCAGAACGACUUUCAUGGAUCUUCACAGAGAUUCUUCAACCUGGUGGAAAAAUGUGCUGAUAAAAGACCAGAUGCAUCGGUGUUGACGUUGAUUUCCUACAGAGCCCAGUCCAUUCAGCCAGCAAAAGAUGGAUGGCUACAGAACCUUUUGAAACUAAUGGACAAGUUCUUCAGGAAUGAGAGCCGUACCAUGAUCAGGAUUAAGGUUCUGGACAUCUUAUCCUUUGUACUCAGCACCUAUCGACAACUCUAUGAAGAGGAGUUGAUCGAGGUUGUGGUGAUUCCUCAGCUCGGGCUGAUCGCUGAAGAUAAAGAUCUGGCUGUCAGGAGACAGGCCACCCAGCUGUUGGUGGAUCUAGCUGAGGGCUGUAACACCCAUCACUUCAGCAGCCUGCUGGACAUCAUUGAAAAGGUUGCUAGUCGUCCAUUAUCGUGCUCUAUUGAUGGGGAAAGAGACCUGUCUGUGGAGUCACCCAUGGACGAUGUUAGGACCGCCAUAUUGGGUCUGCUAGAGAUACUGGAGAGUAAACUCUACAGUCUGCCUGCCAGUCAUGCCAGUCGAGUCUACGAGCUGCUGAUUUCUCACCUGCAGCUGCACUACAAGAAUAAAUACUGCAGUUUCAUCGCCAGCUCUAUACGCCUAAAGGUCUUUGACUUCUUGUUAAUGAUGAAGGCUGACUCUCUUCAUCGACUGGGAGUGCCCAAUAAAGAUGGAAUUAUGAGAUUCAGCCCAUAUUGCCACUGUGACGUAGGUGACUCUGAGAAAAGAGUGACCGAUAAGAAGCCAGCAGGAACCGUGUCACCGCCAGCAGGAAGUCCCACACCUGCGGCCCCGGUCUCCUCAGUUCGCACCGCCUAUUUGCCCUACAGCCUGGCCUUUAACGUGUUACUGCAGUGCCUGAAGAUGGAGUCUGAUUGGAAGGUUCUGAAGUUGGUUCUGGAUAAGAUGUCUUGCACUAUACAGUACAAAGUUUUGAUACUGACAUCACCGUGCAACAUCGACCUCCUCUGCUCGACUCUUUGCUCAAUGGUGACAGAUCGUCUCAUAUCCGAGCGUUUAAGGAAAGCUCCUGAUGGGUUCUCCAUCACUGAUGUACAGCUCGCUGUUGUUCCGGUUCUAACCGCCCUCACCUCCUACCACAGUUAUCUAGAACCGUCCCGACAGAGGGAGCUGGUUCAGUGUUUGGAGAAAGGUUUGAUUUAUCGCUGUGCCAAGCAGUGUGUGGUCGCUCUCACCAUGUGCACCGUGGAGAUGCCCGACAUCAUGAUCAGACUCCUCCCCGCCCUCAUCGUCAAGCUCACACACAUCUCGGCAACCGUUACCAUGGCAUCACCCAUGUUGGAGUUUUUGUCAACGUUGGUUCGGCUCCCGCACCUGUAUGCUAAUUUUGUAGCUGAGCAGUAUGUUAGCGUAUUUGCUAUUUCGCUGCCGUACACCAACCCCUCAAAGUUUAAUCAGUACAUAGUGUCUCUAGCCCAUCAUGUGAUCGCCAUGUGGUUCAUCCGCUGCCGGCUGCCGUUCAGAAAAGACUUUGUUCAGUACAUCACUAAGGGUCUUCGUUCAAACGCACUCCUGCCGUUUGAUGACACGCACGAGCAGAGCAGUUUCAGAGCCCGCAGCACCAGUCUGAACGAAAGACCCAAGAGUUUGCGGACGACCAAAGUGGUGAAGCAAGGCCCCAGCGCAAACUCGCCCGUUAAAGACCUGAAAGAUCUGUCGGCCAUGGACGCCUUCCGCUCACGAAGCAUCAGUGUUUCCGAACAUGCGGUGCGCAGGAUGCAGACGUCCAGCACCACCUCCAGUUUGGGCUCAGCUGAUGAGAAUGCUGUCAUGCAAGCGGAUGAUGCAUUAAAGACCGUUCAUCUGGAGCUCACGGAGACCUGCCUGGACAUGAUGGCGCGAUACGUCUUCUCAAACUUCUCCGCCUUGCCAAAGAGGUCUCCCAUCGCAGAGUUUUUGUUAUCUGGUGGACCGAGUAUGACGUGGCUGGUUGGGAAUAAAUUGGUCACCAUAACAACCAGCGGCGGGUCUCGGACCCAAGCCCUGCUGGGUUUAGACAUGACGGAAAGAACUGGAGGAGGAGAAAUGACCAGGUCAGACCCGUCACUUCACACACGCCAGACGAUGGAAGCUCCCGCUAAACUGGAGUCCCAGUCCGGCCAGCAGAUCAACACAAACACUCGAACGCGAGUCCGCUCCAUUUCAGGAGGUCACGCUCUUCGGGCCGGCCCAGCUCAUAGUUUGAGCCCCCUGGUUGCGUCUCCUGAGGGGGAGUACAGCGGCCCUUUGCCUCCUCCCGGUCCCCCGUUGGAAGUCCUGGGAUCGCAGAGGGGCGGAGAGGACCACAGUUUACAAUCCACUUCUCAUUCGUCCCCUCCUCUCAAAGAGAAGUCCUGCCUGGCAGAGUUUGUGCCCAUGCUGACACAGGGCUGGGCAGAGAUCUUCAUCCGCAGACCCUCAGGCAACACCAGCUGGCUCAUGUGUUUGGAGAAUCCUCCGAGUCCCUUCUCCUCUGAGCUGGGAAAUCUGCCUCUACAGGAGCUGUCAAGUGUGCUGAUGGCCAUGGAUGGGAUAAAAGAACCUCAGACCGUUGCCCCUGCUGAAGUGCCUUUGCCGCAGGGAAAACCCUGCCUCAUACAGCGCUCCAACACAGUGGGCUCUCUUUGCUCGCUCUGCUCCCCCGAUACGCCUGGCAGGUUACACAGGAGUAUUUCAUGGGCAGACUCUGAGGUUUUGAAAGAAGGGGAGCGAAGCAAACCGGUGAUCGCGACGUCUAAUUCUCAAGAGAUUGGGGAUUUUGAAGGCAUGCCCUCCGAACCGAUCUUCAUCGGUACUGAAACAACAUCAGCCAGCCGACUCAGUCGGUCCUCCUCAACAUCCAGUCAGGACGAUGAAAAGUCGACCCUUGAGGAAGUUAGCGAGGGUGGCAUACCCAUCGACCAACCGCCCUUGACCCUCUCCACCCCUGGAGCCCAAGACUCCGACCUCACCUUCACCCAUCCGUCACUGCUGAGCAAAUCGAGCUCCUCACCAGAGCUCCAGACGCUUCCCGAAGCCUUUAGCAAAGCAGCGGCACAGAGCGCUGCGGUCGUAGAUACGGUCUGCUCCAAGGUGCAGCUGGUCCAGGCCCCUGCUGAAAGAGAAGGCCCGGGAGAAGCCUCUUGGCACAUAGAGAGUGUCGGAACGGGUGCGUCCAUCUCAUCUUCAUCCAUCUCGUCUUCAUCCACCUCCAGGAUGAGGCUGGAAUUUCCCACGACCCAGCCUGGACCGGUCUCUCCCACCGGACACAGACCCCGUGGACACACCAUUUCUGUUUCAGCACCUUCAUCUCGUAGAGAGAGAAAGAUGGACAGAGACUCGUACCACAAUCGCGGAGGUCCGAGCAAUGCGGAGAAAAGCUCAGGACUGAGUCCCAGCUUUGUCUUCCUGCAGCUCUAUCACUCGCCCUUCUUUGGAAACGAAUCCAACAAACCCCUCUUACUGCCCAAAUCUCAGGUGAUAGAUCGUGCGGUUAAAGUCUUGGAUCAGAUGCCCCCAUAUGACACGCACAAGAUCGGCGUGGUGUUUGUGGGAGCUGGUCAGGCAAAUAAUGAGGUGUCCAUCCUAUCCAACGAGUAUGGCUCAAACCGGUACGCACAGUUCCUCACUGGCCUGGGCAAACUCAUCCAUCUGAAAGACUGUGAUCCAGAUCAGAUCUUCCUGGGUGGACUUGAUCAGUAUGGAGAAGAUGGAGAGUUCACUUACUGCUGGCAUGAUGAUAUCAUGCAAGCCAUUUUCCACAUAGCCACUCUUAUGCCAAAUAGAGAGAGCGACAAGGGCUGCUGCAAUAAAAAACGCCACAUUGGCAACGACUUUGUAGUCGUAGUAUACAAUGACUCGGGAGAGGAGUAUAAACUGGGUACCAUAAAGGGUCAAUACAACUUUGUGGAAGUUGUGAUAAAGCCUCUGGACUAUGAAAGUAAUCUGGUGACACUGCAGUGCCGUAAAGACCUGGAGGGUUUGGUUGAUACCACUGUGGCAAAGAUCGUAUCUGACCGUAAUCUUCCUCUGCUUGUGAGACAGAUGGGUCUGCAUGCCAACAUGGCGUCACUGGUGCACCAGAGCAGGGCAAACCCAUCCGACGCAUAUGCUUCAAAAUGGCUGGCGAGACUACGACGAAUCAAAAGGAUUAGAACUCUGGCUCAGGAGGAAAUUCAGUCCCGUCCCACUCCUGGAAUCUCCCUCACGCAGAGCCAUGGCCCCAUGCAGAAUAAACCCGCCCACCAACCCUCGGGUCCGCCUACAAACCCGGACGCCGGCCAGAGGAAGAGGCUGGUGUCCACAGUUGAUGACUUUACAGACUUUGUUUAGAUGGAGACCUUUGAUGUUUUUAACAGAAACUGCGCUUUAUUCUGCUGAAUUCAGUUCAGCGUUGGUGUUUAUAAAAUACGAUCACUUGGAAAAUAAAAACUGUUAUCUUUCUCGAACCGCCCCAUGUUGUUACCAGAAAGAAUUUCAUUCAGCUGUUAUCAGCCUCACAAAUGCUGUUGCUUUCAAUUUCAAAAGGAGCUUUUUUUCCUGCUCUAAAGAGAUUUUUCAUUUCCUUAACAAUGAAAACAAAGUCAUGCAUCUGUUCAGUCUCUCUCUACCACACGUUUCUUUAUCCAAAGGGAAAAAUCACGAUCUUAAUUAUGUUAUACACACAUUAGUUUCAGCUAUUCAGAACACAGAGACAAGUGUGAAAGUGUGUUUUAACCUCUCCACAUAACAGUGCCAACAAAAACUGCAAAAACAUACAUUUAAUCAACCCACACUACACUGAGCUUUACUAUGUGCGUAUAUCAUGCUAAAAGAUUAAGGUUUUAUGAAUGAUGUCAACUUUGUAAAACAUUAUACUGAUACUGUGACAUAAAGGUUCAAAUUUUGAUUGCCGUUGAUUGUUUUGUUUUGUGUGUAUCAGGAUGUGGAUGCUAAUGUAAAGACUUUUGCAAGUUUGUAAGCUUCAACAUUAAAAUGCAUAACAUUUGUGCGUGUGUGUGUGUGUGCAUGUGUGAGCAUCGCUACAAAAUAAAACACUAAAAUGUGAGACCAAAA